UCGGUGUAUUGUGUUCAUCUCUUGUGUCUCCAUAAACAUAUUCAUUAAUUCGGUCAAUUUUAUUUAUAAUCACGCAGGCGGCAACACACGACAAAAAGAGCAAUAAAGAGAGAGAGAGGUAAGGUAAGAUCAAAAUGGACAGCAUGGCAGAGGUGCACGAGAUCGACAAGAAGAAACGAAAGAAGAAGCGUUCUCGCAUGCAGAUGGCGAAGAAAUUUCAUCGUCAGAGGAACCUUGGUAAUGGCCUGGACCAGGACACCUAUCAGUACAUGAUUCGUAUUCUCGAGUUAAUACGUAACGAUUUGUCUUCGUCCGAGGAGAAGACGAUGCUUGUGCAAAACGUCUAUCAGGAGAUAGCUGGUCGCGAGGUCGAAUGUGCCUGUAACCAAGUUGGAUCUCUCGUCAUAGAUUCUCUGCUCAAGUACGCCAACUUGGAGGCCAUUCAGAAGCUGAUCCAGGCAUUUGAAUCCUCUUUAAGGCGAUUCAGCAGCGACAGAUUCGCCAGCCACAUUUUGCAGAAGUUAAUAAUAGUCUGUGCUGACAGAGGCAACAGAGUCCCUGCGUCAAACGCGAAGAAUGCCGAUGGCGAUAAGACGAUAAAAUCAGAAAAUAUUGUUGACGCUGUCAUAGAAGUUAAGCCAUCCGAAGUGCAGACCUAUAACGAUAUUGUUCUGAAGCUGAGCAGAUACGUUUUUAAUAAUAGCGAAGAGUUUGUGUUUGACGCUUAUGCUAAUCAUGUGUUGCGAACAGUCGUAGAAUGUCUGGGGGGAUUAAUCGAGGAUCCCAACGAAAUUAAGAAUAAGAAGUCUGCCAUGCCGGAUCUUACGAAAAGACGUCCCGUGAUACAGGACUAUAAGGAUUUGCUGAUACAAAGUUGUGACCGAUUACAGAAAUGGCCGCAAUUCCGUCAGUUUGGACGGGAACAAAUGACUUCCGGUCUAGUACAAUGUAUCUUGUACUCGUUGAAAGAUAUUGAUUCAGGUUUAGUGAAGACCAUCAUCAAGAAGAUUAUAACCGAAUGUUUUGAAGUGAAAGAAGACGAGAAGCUGCCAAGUAUAUUUAAUUCGGAAUGUUCUAUCAGAAUACUGGAAGCUUGUCUGAUGGUAGCCAGACCAAAACUCUUUAAGAAGAUAUAUAACACCUUUUUCGCUGGAAAUUUAGAAUACUUAUGUUCGACGCAAAGUACCAAUUUUAGCGUGCAAAAGUUAUUAGAUUAUUGUGUCACUAAGGAAGUCUUUGAAGAAAUGUUUGACAAAGUAACAGAACAUUUUCCAAAAAUUCUCAAGCAAGGUUUUACCGGGAUAUUAGUCAGCACUGGAAAUGCGUGCUUGAGAUUGCAGGCGAAACAAGGUCCAUUUGUCAAUGCAAUCGUUGAGCUACUAAAGUGUGACGCAUCCGUAAAGAAUCAAACACAGCUUGUACGAUGUAUAAUGACUUUAAAGAAACCAUCUCAACUGAACGUUGAGCCGAAUAGUUCACCUGCACCUUUCCACUUGCACGGAAGUCUGAUAAUACAGGCCAUAUUAAUGUUUAACAAACCCAUCAAAGCUGUGAACUCCUUACUAGAGAUGAAUAACGAAGAGUUACUGCGGUUGUUUGGCGACCCGAAGGGCAGUCGAGUCCUGGAUGCUUUCAUGGACAGCAAAUACAUCGGCGAGAAGAGCAGGGAGAAAUUAUGUAAAAAGCUGCACGGCACUUGGGUAGAAUUAGCCAAAGGUACGCACGGAUCCAGAUGCGUGGAUAAAAUGUGGGCAUGGGCGCGCAUGAAUCAAAAAAUGCUCAUCAUGGAGGAAUUGGCCGCGGCUGGACAAUCUUUAGGAUCUACGAAAUCAGGCAAGAUCAUUUCCGCGAAGCUAAAUGUUCCCUUGUUCGCGAGAGAUAAGAAGGAGUGGUCGCAAUGGCAAAAGAAAGAGGAAAAGAUUAAAGUAAUGUUUUCAGAUAUUAUUGAAAAAACUCCUGAGAAAAAAUGAGAAUCUGUAAAAUAUAAUAAUCUUGUAUUACAGUACGAGAAAAUCUACUAUAUAUAUGUAUAUUG